AUGAGCAACAUUCCAACUGUGCUAGUGUUACCUUAUCCAGCACAAGGACACGUGAAUCCCUUGAUCAUCCUCUCACAGAAGUUGGUUGAGAAUGGAUGCAAAGUGCUGUUCGUGAACUCUGAAUUCGACCACAAGAGAGUGGUGAGUUCCAUAGCAGAGCAAGAAGAUAACAGCAACCUUGAUGAAGAAUCAGGGCUGAAGUUGGUGUCAAUCCCUGAUGGGUUAGAAUCUGAUGAUGACAGAAAGGAUUUGCGCAAACUGUUUGACUCUAUGCAGAACUUCAUGCCAGAAGCACUUGAGAAGUUCAUAGAGGAUGUUCAUUUGAAAGGUGAGGACAAAAUCAGCUUCAUUGUUGCAGAUUUGUGCAUGGGUUGGGCUUUGGAUGUUGGGAAGAAAUUAGGAAUCAAGGGAGCAAUAGUGUGGUCUGCAUCAGCUGCAUCCUUUGCCUUGCUUUACAAAAUACCUUCUCUUAUUGAUGAUGGGAUCAUAGAUUCUGAUGGUAAGAAUGCUAUCAUACCAUACUUUCUUAUAUUUGUUGUGUUAGAUGAUAUAUAA